AUGCUUGAUCUAGAUCCACAUCAAAGCAGUGGGACUGGAAAGCAUAAUGGAGAGACAGAGACUCAAGAAAAUGGAAUUAAGAGACACAGGACAUCAUUAUCUGCCCCAAUGUUUUCUAAAAGUGAUUUUAGUGUGUGGAACAUAUUAAAAAAAUGCACUGGACUGGAGCUGUCUAAAAUGCCUAUUGUCUUAAAUGAGCCAUUGAGUUUUCUUCAAUGGAUAACAGAAUAUAUGGAACAUAUAUACCUCAUUAAUAAGGCUUGUAGUCAUGCAGACCCCCUGGAAAGAAUGCAGGCUGUAGCUGCUUUUGCAGUUUCUGCUGUGGCUUCUCAGUGGGAGAGAACUGGCAAACCAUUUAACCUGCUGUUAGCAGAAACCUAUGGUAAACUGUGGUUAGAACAGUAUGGAAUGGUAGAAACUGUAAAUCACGGUACUGGAGAUAAAUGUGUCCUUAAUUUUAAACUCUGUGGACUGUUUGGGAAAGAGAUUCACAGAGUAGAGGGAUGCUUUCAGGACAAAAACAGGUCUUCACACCUCUUGUGA